CUCCCCUGCCACAUAGCCGGAGCCGGCGGCGGUGCAGACGAUCACCGGUUUACUUUGCGACCAACUUCACGUUCACUUCGACCUCGGACCGAUCGCUCCUCGAAGCGGCUGCUAGCGCUCCGUCGUCCAGCACAAGUUGAAGUCUUCGCAGAAGGACAAGACACGGCAGUUCAUGUCCUUCACACAGGCUGGGGAGAGGACAGCCGUUUACUGCCUGACGAGGAAUGACUGGAAACUAGAGGUCGCCACGGACAACUACUUCCAGAAUCCAGACCUCUACUACAAAGAAUCCAUGAAAACCACGGCGGACCGCAAGAAGCUGGAUCAGCUCUACAACCGAUACAAAGACCCCCAGGAUGAGAACAAGAUCGGUAUUGACGGGAUCCAGCAGUUCUGCGACGACCUGACGCUGGACCCGGCCAGCAUGAGCAUACUGGUGGUGGCGUGGAAGUUCAGGGCGGCCACGCAGUGCGAGUUCAGCAGGAAGGAGUUCCUGGACGGCAUGGCUGAGCUAGGCUGUGACAGUCCUGAAAAACUCAAGUCGAUCCUUCCCAGACUUGAGCAGGACCUGAAAGACACGGGGAAGUUCAAAGACUUCUACCAGUUCACCUUUAAUUUUGCCAAGAACCCCGGGCAGAAAGGUUUAGACCUUGAGAUGGCUGUAGCUUACUGGAAUUUAGUUCUCACAGGUCGCUUCAAGUUCUUGGAUCUGUGGAACCGCUUCCUGAUGGAGCAUCACAAGCGCUCGAUUCCCAAAGACACGUGGAACCUCCUCCUGGACUUCGGCAACAUAAUCGCAGACGACAUGUCAAACUAUGACGAGGAAGGGGCAUGGCCUGUCCUCAUAGAUGACUUUGUGGAGUUUGCUCGCCCGAUCGUGACGAGUAAGCGCAACAUAACAUAGUGUUUGCCCCGGCGUCAUGCAGCGAAACGGAGCUUGUGUUUCUCCCCAAUUUUCUUCUUCUUUUCAAUGAGGAUUUUUAUACAAAUGAGCCAAAAAGAGAGUACUUCUCAGUUUGUCCUUAAGAUCAAAUCUUUCAACUGCAUAAGAUGCCUUGACGGGGGGGGGGGGUGUGACCUGAGACACCAGGUGCGAGGAAAAGCAGGGGGGGACUGAAUAGGAGGGACUUUUUUUCUUUCUUCUUUUGUUUGACAAGGACUGCAAUAUGGAGACGAUUGGUCCGUCGUGGGCAACUCGCCCCGUGGCUGCGGCUUCAGAUCUGCCGCUCACUGACCUGCAGCCUUGGCACCGUGAGGAGGGACAGUGGCGGCGAGCUGUCGGCACACGCGGAGGAUUAAGCUGUAGAUGCAGUAUAAUGUGGCCUCUUGCGUCGUCAACUGUGAAAUCUGCAUUGUGUGUGUGGACGUGAAGCAGUGUCGUGGACGUCAAGGGGAGAGCGAUGAGAUUGUGAAUGUGAAGCUCUCUACCAAUCACUCUGAGAGCAGAGAAGACGUGUGCUGUUUGUAAGCGCGUGUGUGUGCGUGUGUGUGUGUUUUAAGGUUGGGGUUAAACAACGUGGCCUCUUUUACGGUACAAUGCAAAAUAUUUUAUUUUGGUUUCACUGUAAUUGGAGCGUGAAGAAAUUCUUGGUGCAACAGCGGGAGAAGUUCAGCUCCACAUUUUGUAUUGUGACUGGUCAAAGCGGCGCGCUCUUCUCCGCACCAGCAGAGUUACAUUUAGGCGUAGUUACAGCGGUGAAAAGGCUAUAAAUGCCGCUUUACACCAACAAAUGUGUGUCUAACAAGACAGGUAGUGAACGGUAUUUAAAAUCCUGGUGAGUACAGAAGCUUUUAAGAUCCUCACCGCUAAAGUUCUGCAUUACACAUGAGGUUGACUUAAGUUUUGCCGUGUGUGUGUGUGUGCACACAGAGGAACUGACUGACUGUUGCGCCGACUACAAACUGCACCGGUUCACUCCUGUUUUUUGUUUUGUUUUGUUUUUUUCUUGCUCUAGGUCUUCUUUUACCAGGCAGCACUGAUCUCCAGCGUUAGUCACACCUCUUGGACAGAGGUUCACAUGCACACUAGGCCUUUUUAGAUGAGCAUCUACAUCGCAAUCAUUUGAACUGUUUGUUUACACUGUUUUGAUCGGUCGCUUCCCACGGAUUAGCACCAUAGAACUACUAAAGAGAAGAAAGGGUCACGCUGAGAACCACAUCUAGGGGGGGAAACGCUUCUCCUUCACACAAGUGUUUCGUGUUGCUCUUCAUGUGUGAAUAUAAACACUAACCGCAUCCACUUCUUUGGGGGGCUUAGAGGGCGUGACAGAAGGUCGAGCUCAGGUACCAGUCUUCCUCUCACGCUGAGCAGCAGGCGCCUUCCUGCAUUUCCACCGGUAUUUGCCAUCAAACUAUGCCAACCUGUUUUGCCAAUCGCUGUCGCCACGAUAAGAUGUAUUGAAAUAAGGGUGGAUUAUUUCCCCCCCGCAUCAGAUUUUCUCCUUCAACUGCAAGAGAGACAAUUGCCUUUUUCUUAAGUUGACAAAUAUGUGUUUUAAAGUCUUCAUAUUUAUGUGAAGGUGUGCAUGAAGUAGACUUUUUAAGAUGUUAUGAUUUCCAGCUUCAUCAGGGCUGUGAAACAGUCACUGUAGCAGCAGCAGUCAGACGCGUCGUAUUGUUCAUCCUUUGUAACUAUAAGUUCAAAACAUGUUGGUGGAAUGAAAUAUCCAACGUGACUUUCUGGCUGUCAAAGUUGUGCACAGACUUUUUCUCGGUCAAGACAGCGAGACGGCGCGAAAGCUUUCCAGUUGAUCGUUGUCGACUUGAUUAUCUGACAUUGUCUCCGCUUCAGGAGAUAGAACACGUCUCUGUAUUCAUUCUGUUAAUAUGAUACAUUUUGUGCGUUUCUAUUUGUCAAAUGUGUGGUCAACAAAAGUCAUGCCAAUCAUUUGUAUCCAAUAAGUUUUGGGUUUUUUUGCCAGCAAGACGACAGGUAUUUACAGAAUGUUACGUUUUGUUACAGAAGCAUAUCGUACAUUGUUUUCUUCAAGAAAAGUUGUCAAUAAAGCAUGUUGUUUUUAA